UGAUGCAUCCUCUGGCACCCUUGUGAGAAGUUUGAGGGUGCAGCUGCAAGGGAGGAAAGCAGAAGCAUUCAGUGUCGCAAUAGCGCACUGCAAAUGGAGGAGAAGAGGCCAAGAACGAAGAUCUACGGUCGGUAGGAAGCUGCCUGCUGCAGCUGCAGCUGCGGCGACUGCUCGGCUGCAGCGGUCGCUGCAUCUGCGGCCCAGUGCAGCGAAUGCUUUGCUGAGAAAGCAAUGCAGAACGUGUCUGGCGAAUACUAUCAGAGAGCGCCGAGAUGUUGCCCGAAUCGGUCCGCUUCCGUAUCAUCGGCCCCGGACAGGAUCAAAGUUUCAACUUCGGUACGGGGAGCGGAAUUGCUUUGCUGUUGUUGCAGCUGCAGCACCUCUCCUUCGACAAAAACGCCCGGGUUUCUUGCGAGCCUCGGAGUUUGCGUCCUCGUACUUGGUUACACGCUACUCGGCGCUUUUGCUUUCAUGGCCCUCGAGGGGGGACUCAAGUCGGAACCACCAACUGAGGUAGUGACAUCGUUAAACCAGAAACCCGACGCCUCCGGAAGUGGAGGAUCGUCGUCCUCCUCGUCUUCACUAGUUCCAACUAUUGAAGAGGAUAACACGGCGGUUCAAUUGAGGGCGCGGACGGUUGAGAGGCUUUGGAGUCUGACCGAAGAUCUAAACGUCCUUUAUAAGGAGAACUGGACUCGAUUGGCUGCGCGAGAAGUCCUUGAGUUUCAGGAGAGCCUGGCACGUGACUUGAGAAGACCUCUUUCCUCUUCGGUCUACGAAUCCGUCAAACCACCCGGGCCCCGACGUCGAGAUACACACGAGGGGCAAUCGCACUUGCGGAGAUGGACCUUCAGCAGCAGCCUUCUUUACUCACUCACCCUUAUCACCACGAUUGGGUAUGGGAGUGUGGCUCCACGUACGGUUUGGGGUAGAUUAAUAACGAUUGUCUACGCCCUAGCUGGCAUUCCUUUAAUGUUAGUCUACCUUAGCACGGUGGGCGAUGUCCUGGCAAGAAGCUUUCGCAAGCUCUAUGGUCGAAUCUGUCGACCUCGAAGUUGUGCCGGGAAGCAGCAGCCGCACCCACCACCCCCGCCGGUGGCUGGUAUCAUGGGAAAAGCAUAUCGCUACGACAACCACAUCGAGACAAAAGGUUCUGCUGGAAACUUUUAUGCAACUAGUAAGGAGAGUUCUUGCGACGAUCUCGGCACUCGCAGUACCGGAAGUGCGAUUUUACUCGAUUGUGGAAGCGAGGGUCUUCUUCAUCCUACGACAAGUUCUACCACAGCCCUGCAGGAUGCGUCCAACAACGGAAAGAGGCAUUACUACCCAUGUACCCUUUCCCUAAAUUCAGCAUCAUCAGCAUGUGUAAACGACCCCAAUAGUGUCGUAAAAGUGCCAAUAACUCUCUGCUUUUUAAUGAUAAUUGUGUACAUAUGCGGCGGAGCAGUGAUGUUUAAUCGCCUCGAGGGUUGGACUCUUUUGGAAGGUGGUUACUUUUGUUUCACCAGCCUCGGGACAAUAGGAUUCGGUGAUUUAUUACCAGCUGGUACAAAUGCCCCGAAUACGACUCUCGAAGAACUGAGUCUCUGCGCUUGCUGCGUGUACAUCCUCGCCGGCCUGGGACUGAUUGCAAUGUGCUUCAAUUUGGUCCAAGAAGAGGUGGUACGCGCGAUCAGAAUCUUUGGUAAAUCGUGCGGAAUGUCGAGCGGGACGAUGGUCAGCGGCCAGAUCGGAGGUCCAGGUAAUGGAAGCGGACUCAAAUCCGAGCCAGAUGUUGGCCUUGGAGCUUCAACAGAUUCGAGAUUGUCGGUGCAAGAUGAGGAGGCAAUCGCAAUGUCAGUGGUGUCAGCCUCCUGACAGAAGCAGUCCAGGAGUUCCACUGAUUCAGGGAAGCUCCUGGCACAGCAUCACUUAAAUAGUGCAAUCAAGGUA